UGUCACCUGACCUGGAUGUGUGAUGCACUGCAGGGUUUGCUGUCGAUUCUGCGAAGACUGAAGCACUCUCCGGACCAGGAGGUGCGGUUACUGUUGCUGGGGCUGGACAAUGCUGGCAAGACCACCCUGCUUAAACAGCUGGCCUCAGAGGAUGUCAGCCACAUCACCCCUACUCAGGGAUUCAACAUAAAGAGCAUGCAGUCCCAGGGAUUUAAGCUAAAUGUUUGGGACAUUGGAGGUCAGCGCAAGAUCCGCCCGUACUGGAGGAACUACUUUGAGAACACAGACGUACUGAUCUAUGUGAUUGACAGUUCAGACAGGAAACGCUUUGAAGAGACCGGUCAGGAGCUGGCUGAGUUGAUGGAAGAAGAGAAGUUGAGCAUGGUGCCACUGUUGAUAUUUGCCAACAAGCAGGACCUGAUGACUGCGGCUCCUGCAUCAGAGCUAGCUGAGGGCCUCAACCUGCACACCAUCAGAGACCGGGUAUGGCAGAUCCAGGCCUGCUCUGCAAUUACCGCAGAGGGAGUACAGGUGGCCUCCAAUCAAGUUGUAGAAACAUCUCGAGGAUGAUCAAUGGAAACAAGGUGCACCUGUGCUCAAUUUCAAGUCUCAUAGCAAAAAGUCUGAAUACUUAUGAUGUAAAUAUGUUUUUUCUGUUUAUCAUUUUUUUAUAAAUUAGCAAACAUUUCUAAAAACCUGUUUUCGAUUUGUCAUUAUGGGGUAGUGUGAGGAAAAAUAUUAAUUUAAUCCAUUUUAGAAUAAGGCUGUAACGUAACAAGAUGUGGAAAAGUCAAGGGGUCGGAAUCAUUUCAGAAUCCACUGUAAACACAAACCGCCCGUACACUACAUUUGCACACAACACACACAUACUGUACGCACAAUUAGAGAGCAUCAUAGACACUGAUUGCACACUAACGUUUAAUACUGUGCCGGUGUAAUAUGAGUCUGUUUACUUACUUUAUAGGAUGGCAUGACAUGGGUGUGCAAGAACAUAGCAGUUCGUAAGAAGUGACGCCAGGGGCAUACUUAUUCCCAAAGACUCAAACGAAGGGUAGGAGGUGAAAGGUGGAGUGGUGUUCAUUAUCAAAGCUUUUGACUUGCUGUCAUAAUAUGUUUUGAAAGUAUUGUGAUAUUUUUUUUUAAUAGAUCAUGAGCCAGUUGCAAUAGAGUAAAUACUUUAAAGAGAAGUUUUCUGUAAUGUUGACAUUACCAGCAUUGUAUUAAUGCCCCUCCAGUUGUAUAUACUGUAUAUACCUUAUUAUUUAAACAUUUCAAUUAUUCAGAUAUUACUCAACUGUCAUUUCUGUGUGCUUACUUUUGCCACCUUUUUGUAAUAGUCAGGAGGCUUAUUAUGAAGAUGUCUACAUUAUGAAAGGAGUUUUUUAAGAAUGAACAGCUGAAUAGACACGACCCACUGGGCACAGACAUCAGUUCCAACAUCUAGUUUUGAUUUACAUUUGGUUGAGUUGUCAACUAACUUGAAUUCAACGUGAAAUAAACAAAAACUUUCAUCAUGUCAUUGGAUUUAGGUUAAAAGUUGGGUAAAAAAAAACACAACAUGCCCUUACGUUGAUGACAUUUAGUUUUCCACGUUGAUUCAACGUUAUCACAUAGAUUCUUUGGGGUUGAAAUGAUGUGGAAACAAUGUUGAUUCAACCAGUUUUUGCCCAGUGGGUACUUUGUUGCGUGUAUGUGAUUGAAACUCUGUCCUUUAGUACCAGUGGGGCAGGGAAAUAUCCUGCUCUGUAUCAGUAACCAGGUUUCUAUCCAACCAUUUCAUGCCGAUUGAAUUACCUGAAGCAUGAACAAAUAAAAUGUGUUUGUUCAAAAUGGUCUGAUCUUUUUGUGUCGGUAAAAUAAAUAAUGCGAGAAAUGGCAGUUGAAACGCCUUAAUUCGCAAAUAUUAUAAUAACUAUCAUAUCGAAGUCAACUUGGAGUCACGCAAUGAUGUUAUGUGGUCCUCCCACUAUGACUCGGGAAAGCAUGCCGUUUGUUAGUCUAGAGAUUAAAUAAAAGAUGAUGAAUUUUACAUGGUUGUGAAAGUGCACGGUGAUGAGCUUGAUCCACCUUUUCAAUAAAUAUUGAGGGUCUUAUUCUGGUGACAUGAUGAUCGAUGCUUGGCUACCAUUUAACAAACAAAUUUUAUUGCUCCUAUUAUCCGUAAUAAUCUCAUCAUAUAGGUAGCUCACCCACACUGUGGGGCAAAUUUGCUAUAAGGCUAACUAAUCCGUUUUUGUGACAAAGACAUCGAUAGAGUUGAAAAUGUGAUGGCAACCCAUUUAACUUGUAUGUUUUCUUCUGAAUUUUACCGCAAAAGUUAUUUUAUGUGCAAAUCAAAAUCCAAUUUUAUUUAUCACAUACACAUGGUUAACAGAUGUUACAGUUUUUCUCAGUCGCUUUGGUGCAUUUCUUAGAUCCAAAGUGCAAUUCUUGAUACUACUUGUACAAAUUCCAAAUCAUCUAGUUACUUGUGCA